AUGGCCGCCCCUACUCGCAGUAGCCAUCGCUCCCAAUAUACCUCUGUAAAGCCGACGAACCUGGAACCACACCACGAGCGCCUUUUCAUCAUUGUCGCUUUGAUCGGAGUAGCAGUAACAGCCGGCGACAUAUAUUACAUCCUCUACAUGCACGAGCCGAUGCCCGCCACCUUAUCACCCGAGAAAUUUCAAGCCUUCAAACUCCAGGAAAUCAUCCCAUUAACCCACGACACCUCCUUAUUCCGGUUCGCCACCCAUUACCCGCAAGCGGAUUCGCCGGCGGGAAUACCUGUGCCGUCGCAUGUGGUCGUGAAGGAUGAUACCUGCCAGGUUGCUAGGUCAUAUACGCCGAUCACGUAUACGCGGACACACUUUGAUCUGCUUGUGAAGAAGUACGAGGGCGGAAGCGUGAGCAAGUUUUUGCAUGCGACACCUGUGGGAGACAAAGUGGAGAUGAGCGGGCCUAUGGUGACUCUACCAUAUGAGCCAAACCUCGUUUCGGAGAUUGGAAUGAUCGCUGGUGGAACCGGAAUCACGCCCAUGUACCAACUUAUCAAACGGAUUCUGCGAGACCCCAAUGACCACACAAAGAUCUCACUGAUCUACGCCAACCGAAGUGAAGACGACAUUGUUCUCCGUCAGGAGCUUGAGCUUCUUGCGACUUCGAGACCGGAUCGGUUGAAAGUCGUUUACACCAUCGAUCAACCAAAGACUCCUACGUGGACAGGAAAUGUUGGGUUCGUCAAUGCGGAUAUGAUCAAGAAAUACCUCCCUGCUCCUGGUCAAGGGACGGAGGCUGCGAUUCUCAUUUGUGGACCUGAUGGUCUUGUUGCGCAUGUGGCAGGGGCGAAGAAGAACGACGAAGAGCAAGGGCCAUUGGGAGGCAUACUGCUGAAGUUGGGCUAUCAACAGCGACAGGUCUUCAAGUUCUGA